UCCUCCUCUUUAACCGUCAUCACUGUCCGCCCGCGCCAGCUGCUCCAUUCAUUCAAACAGAACCUGACGCGCGAGGACCUCCCUGCGACCCUCAGAAACGUGACAGAAGCAACAGCAUGUGGAACGAGAAGAAACAGAGUCCACCUGCUGACCGCGGUCAGGCUGUAGCCGCCAUCAUCUUUGUGCUCGGUCUGGGAACUCUGCUGCCCUGGAACUUCUUCAUGACGGCCUCUCAGUAUUUCAACAAGCGCCUCAUGACCCCGAACAUCACCUCCAACGGCACAUCAGGCGCCACAGCUAAAGACUACAACUACGACAGCUGGAUGGCCUUGCUUUCCCAGCUGCCCCUGCUGCUGUUCACGCUGCUCAACUCUUUCCUGUAUCAGUGGGUGAGGGAGCGUCUCCGUGUGGCCUUCAGCAUGAUCGUCAUCCUCAUCCUCUUCUCCCUCACUGCCGCUCUGGUCCAGGUCCCCAUGCAGCCGGACACCUUCUUCUCCGUCACCAUGGCGACCAUCUGGUUCAUCAACAUGUUCGGUGCGGUGCUGCAGGGCAGUCUGUUCGGUGUGGUCGGUCUGUUUCCCCCUCGUUACAGCACUCUGUUCAUGAGCGGUCAGGCUCUGGCCGGGAUCUUCGCUGCACUCGCGAUGCUCUUCUCCAUCUUAAGUAACGCAGAUGAAAGCUCGGCAGCGCUGGGAUACUUCAUCACUCCGUGUGUUGCCACUCUGGGGACUCUGAUGUGUUACCUGCUGCUGCCACACCUGGAAUUUGCUCGUUUCUACCUGAACAGAAGUCAGUGUGAGAACGCGGACACGAAACAGGAACUCCUCAGCAGCACAGAGAAGAAAGUCUUGAACAACGAGAAAGAACUCAAGGCCCACGGGAAGUUCAUCAUGGAGCCAGAGGAGAACCAGGAGCGUUCGUCGGUCCUGAACGUCUUCAAGAAGAUCUGGCUGAUGGCUGCCUGUGUGACGUGUGUGUUUGCCGUCACCCUGGCAGUGUUUCCUGUGAUCACAGUGCGAGUUCGGACCGUCUACACGGACAACGCUGCCUGGGAAAAAGUGUUCACCUGCGUUUGCUGCUUCAUCGUCUUUAACGCCCUGGACUUGGUCGGCCGCAGCGCCCCGUCUCUUGGCCAGUGGCCCUCGAAGGACAGCCUCCUGUUUCCCGCCGCCGUGUUGUCUCGUCUGGUCUUCAUCCCUCUGCUCAUGAUGUGUAACGUCCAGAACUCCAGACUCACCGUCCUCUUCAGCCACGACUGUGCCUUCGUCACCAUCAUGGCCCUGUUCGCCUUCACUAACGGAUACCUGGCGAGCCUCUGCAUGGCCUACGCUCCACAGUUGGUGCGGUGUAAAGACUGCGAGACGGCCGGCUCCCUGAUGACCUUCUUCCUCGUGCUGGGUUUGGCAAUAGGAGCGUCUUUCUCCUUCCUACUGGGAAAACUGGUUUAGACGACUAGGUUGAGCAGACCACGUGAGACUCAAACAAAACAAAGCACCAACAUGUGAUGAAAUGUUUACUUCAUCCUGUCAAGAAAGAAAGAAAGAAUGAACCCCAGUACGGGCUCUUAUUUUGUCAGCAUGCUGAGAAUCUGAAUAUUUAUUUUUCACUGUAGACACAUCUUUUAUUUUUGGUCCCACCACUGGUUAAAUGAAAUUACACAGCCCCUCAAGAGUCACAUAGUUUACAAACAAAUACCUGUAAAUCAACAUUUACGGUGUCAGUAAAUAUACAUGGAUUAUUGAAGGAAAAACUACAAUUACAGGGAUUAUUAGGGAUUAUGAAUUAUAAUUAUCAAAGAGUGUGGUUGUCUCCGGAGAGGCCAGAUUAAUAAUUUAUCAAAAACAGGAAUUUUAUUUUUUUAUUUUUUAUUGAUUUGUCAUUUAUUGAUUUGUCAUUUGUCAUGC